GUCAUUUCUCUUGUGAUUUUAAUUGUAGAAAUAUCAACUUCUUCAGAAAAUUUUGCAUUAGAUUGACACAAGUAUGUGAUCCUGUCCCGAUCGACAUAGAGAAAGGGGAAAAAGAGAGAAGGGCACCGUUUCGAUACCUCUGUGCGAAGGUUACACUGCUCAUACUUCUCAUUAUCAGAUUCGUCCAUUACAUGGACACAUAUCUAGCUGAAGGUAAGACAGGGGCUGGAAGGAAGAAAUACAUUUUCUGAAGGUAACAGAACCACUUCACUACCUGUACUAACGUGUCCAUAUGGUACUUUGUUCCUCUUACAGGUGUUAUGCCGUUGAUUGAAGCAGAAUAUGAACUCUCCAUUGACAAAGUUGCGAGAGUAGAAACAUGUUUUGCUAUUGUUUUUGCCUUGGUCAAUCCAUUCUUUGGACAUCUAUCAGAUCAGAUCAGCCGGAGGACCCUCAUGUGUCUGGGAGUAACGUAUUGGACUCUGUUUGUUGCGAGCUGUUCCGUAAUUCCCCAGGAGGUAAGAGUCGAUGUAUUGGAUGGUCAAUGAGAUUUCACUUCGCGUAUAACCUGUACUCAGUAAUAUUAAUUCUUCAUGAAUCCUAACUUAUAAAAAUUUGUACCCUCUUAUCCUUUAGUGGGGUUGGACCAUCCCUUUUAUACGGAGUGCCGUGGCCGCAAUAGAAAGUUUUUUUGCAGGCAUUUCCCUGACCCUGAUUGAUGACCUGUGUCCACCUGAAAAUCGACGAGGGACUUUAUGCAUGUUUAACAGUGUCAGCUAUAUAAUGGGGUAAGCUGCAAGUUGUACCUGGAUUCCUGCUACAUUCCUGUUGGUUUGUGUGUGGAUUCUGUUAUAUUAACCCUGAAUCUCCUUGGUUCUGUUACAGUGCCUUUGGGAUCGUUGUGGGAGCAAUUGUGCCAGUCUACUUAGGCUCAAACUGGCGUCAUGCACUGCAGGUAAGGAAAAUUCAACCGGGUACCAUUAUUUAUAUUGGGGUGAUGGGAAGAUACAAUUGAAUAUUGGCUAAACAUUAAGAGAUAAAUAAAACAGUGGUUGUUGUGAGAUAUUAGCCUUUUAUUAUCAGUUUAGUUGAUUGGAUACUCUACAUGAAAAGAGAUACAUGGCUGGGUACUUAACUGCUGUUUUCUUUGGACACAGGCAGUUGCAGGCUUGGGAUUAGUGUGCCUAGUGUUGCUAAUCUGUUUCAUGAAGGAACCACCUAGAUGCUACACUGAGGACCACAGUGAUGACCCUCAGAUGCAGAUCCUCAGUUUCCAAUAUAUUUGGAAGUUGACCUCCUCCUUCUUCAAAAAUCUGAGGAUGCUAUUUAAAAUACGGAGCUUUGUUUUUCUCACCUUCGCUUCAUGGUCCGUGACGUUCAUUAAUGAAGCCAUGUUUGCCCUUGUUCCUGAUUUCCUGAACCAAACCAGGGCCGUGACAAGCAGUUUGUUUCCCUGUCUGUUGCCAGAUUGUUACUACAGCGACUUCAUGAUCUAUGGUUUGAUUAAAUACAUGGCUGACAUAGUGGGGAUACAAAUAGGAAUGGUGAUCAUCACUCGGUGGUUCAAGAUGUAUCCAUUCGCUGAUCGACUGGUAUCCGGUUUAGGACUUUUGGCCUCUGGAUCUUUCAUAUGCAUCUUCCUUUUCAGUGUAGAAAUCAGCUUUACCCUUGCCUAUGGGUUCAUCUUUGUAGGUGGCGUUCUACUGAAUAUAAACCAGGCUGUAGCUACUGACAUGAUACUGUCGGUAGUAAUGCCAAAUUCCCGUGGCACAGCAAUAGCCUUGCAGUCUUUUAUAGCACAGUUAGGAGGAGGGGUAUUUGCCCCAUUUAUCAUUGAGAAGAUUUCUGAGGUGAUCCAGAUGUGGCAACCAGAAACCAGCCCAAUGCACUGCUUGCAACAUGCCUUGAUAAUAUUGCCAGUUCUGGCAGUGAUUGGAGGAUGCUUCUUCCUCUGUACAAUCUUUUAUGAAGAGGAUCGGAAAGUAGUUGAACAGGCCCGCACCCCAAGCCCACCACCUGAAUUGAACCUACAGGACAUACUGGUGUACGACUCUGAAGAUCCUGGAUAUGCUGCUCAGCCUUCUCUAGAAUUGGCUCCUGAGUCUCCAGAUUCUGCUGCAGAACUACCUGCUCAGCCCCCAGAUCUUGAUACAUGCAGGUUCUGCUGCUUUCCCUUUCUAGGACUGGCUCCUAAGCUUUCAUAUCCUUCUCCAGAGAUACCUGCUCAGCCUCCAGAUCCUUCUCUAGGACUGGCUCCCGAGCCUCCAGAUCCUGCUCCAGAACUACCUGCUCAGCCUCCAGAUCCUUCUGUAGGACUGGCUACCGAGCCUCCAGAUCCUGCUACAGAACUACCUGCUGAGCCUCCAGAUCCUGAUACAUGCAGGUCCUGCUGCUUUCGCUUUCCCUUUCCUAGGACUGGCUCCUGAGCUUCCAGAUCCUGCUCCAGAACGACCUUCAUUAAUGAAGCCAUGUUUGCCGUUGUUAAUGAUUUCCUGACACGAACCAGGGCUGUGACAAGCAGUUUAUUUCCCUGUCUGUUGUCAGAUUGUUACUACAGCGACUUGUAAGUCUCCAGAACUUGUACAUAUUUAGGGCCAGAUUUAUCAAGGGUCGAAUUUAAAAUUCAUGGGAAUGGGAAACACAUGAGGGAAACGAGGUGGGUGGAGAACAGGGAGGAGAAAACUAUAGACAGGGAGAACACCUGAACAUAUAGCAUAGGAACCAGGGCCAGCCCUAAGAGCCUCCAGUGGCUCAUGGAGUAAGUGCAGCACACAGGGUUCAAGUCCCGGGCUGGUCCUUACAUUACCCCCCCCCCUUGAGGAUCGACCACCGGGCAAUCCCAAAGUCGAAUGCCCCCCCCAUACUUUUUAGUCCAAUAAGUGGAACACUACUAGGACCCGGAAUGGGAGCAUCAAAAGGAACAGAAACCACUUCGCAAGAGUCAUGAACCACCUCUCCAGGAUCAGGGACCAGAGCAGAAACAUCACAGGCACCUAUUACAGGUGGCGGACCAGGAACCAGGAGGCACCCAUUCCGAUUAGAAGAAAAGAGGUUCCACCUAAAUAUUCG